AUGGAAUUGAAAAAAUCUGUUCUGAUUGGCCUAGGUGUUCUUGGUGUAAUCGGCAUCGGUUAUGUCAUAUAUUGGGAUUAUAUGAGACAAAACGACCGAGAAUUUCGAAAGAAAUGGACAGAAAAACUUCGACAAGCUGCAGCCGAGGUCGCCAAAGAUCGAAUAACUGCUUUCGUCAAAAAGGCCGUUGAUGAAGUCUCUAAAGAAAACUUCCCUACUGAUGUCGCUGCUAAAGAAAAAUACUUUAUGGACCAAGUGUCCAACGGUGAAACUUUACUUGCUGAAGGUAAAGAACGUCAUUUGGACGCCGCUCUUUGCUUCUAUAAGGCUUUAAAGGUGUAUCCUAAUCCUGUUGAAUUGAUAAUGAUAUAUCAAAAAACUGUUCCUGAAGCAGUUGUUAACGUGAUUUACGAAAUGAUGAGUUUUGAGAUGAAUGUUAGAGUAGGAGAGAUUAGCGAAAGUUCGUCUCUGGGUGAUAUUCGUCGCGGUCUUUUUGCUACAAAGGACUUUUGGCCCGGUGACGUCAUCUUUGAUGAACAACCUAUUGCCUCAGCGCUUGAUCCUGAUCUUGAGACUGGUGAUUAUUGUAGUUAUUGUCUCAAAGAACUUUCCGGUGACCCAAUCAGCGAUGAUACUGAUCUAUUUGAAGCAGUCUAUUGUUCAAAAACAUGUCAUGAAAAAGCUAUGAGUGAAUAUGCUACGCUUCUUUUCACUAAUCGUGAUAAAAGCGACACAGAAAGUAAGGAAUCUCAACUUGUACAUUUGGUAAAAUCUGGAAAUGUUAAAUAUCCGUUGAUGAUCGCCCGAUUUUUGGCUAAAAUGGUUCAUGAGGAAACACAAAAAGUAAUCACGGGUGAAGAAGAAGAAUAUAGUACUUGGGACCAUAUUGAACGAUUACGGUUUUUAAAUGUACCAUCUAAUGACAAAGAGACUAAUGAGAUUAAAUUGUUAAGAGAAUUAUUUGCUGCAAAACAAAUUAAGGCUGGUGAAGAAUUAAGGACUAGUUACAUUAGUGUUGGUCAUAGAAAUUUAGAGAGUCGACGUAAUGAAUUGGAAUCAAAAUGGAAGUUCCGCUGUACUUGUGCCAAAUGUUUAUCAGAAGAAUCAACUACAGAACAAUCAUUUAUAGAAGAAAAAAAUA